AUGACAUUUGUGGCACAGGUCGGCCUCAGCUGGGCUACGAACCUUGUGGAUCGCGCCUUCCCCUCGAUCUCUGCGUUGGCGGCCAGCGCGGAGACCUGCUACCUGCUGGAGGGGCUCGGGGGGGUCAAGUCCCUGGGCCUCAGCGUGUUCGGCCUCGGUGGCGUGCUGGGCUGGCUGAUCCGGUGCGUGCUGACAGACUGCGACGCAGCCGAGUACGAAGACAUCUGCGGGGAGCCACCUCCAGCUCUGGCAGCGGCGGAGGGGAGACUGAAGUACUGCUUGAAUCCCGACGGCGACGUCUACCCCCGCGCUCUGAAGUGUCCUCCUCUUCAUUCUCUGACGGGCUUCGACGAGACGGGCCAGGAGCUGGUCGUAUGUCGGGAAGGACAGCUGCGCGACGGAGUUCGUCGGAUGCCGUCCCUCUACGGCUCGAACUGGUUCCCCAGCAUCCGCGAGUACCAAGACGCGAUGGAGUUCUGCGUCGACCCCCCGGGUCCGAACAGGCGCCUCGUGGGGAAGCAGGCUCUUGGGGACUCGGCGGCUGGACCGACAGCGAGUAGAGGAAUGUCUCAGGGCACGGGCCAGCUCUCGGACCCAGGGGCCAACGUAUGGAUGUGCAUCGAGGCGCCUUCCUCUGGGGGCAAAGGAAUGCCCCUCGCCAGCGAUCAGGCCGACGAGUGGGUUGCGAUGGGCAAGGUCGUGAUGUUCAAGCGCGGCACGGAGGUGCUCGUGGCCAAGCAGGUGCCGGCCGGCGAGGCCUCCGAGGGGCCCGACGCACGCACGCUCUCCGUGGUCCUUAGCCAUGAGGGCGAGCGGCGUCGGGAGUUCGCCGCGGCGGUGCGCGGCAUGACCGAGACUACGUGGGCCUUCUGGCCCCUGCGCGGGCCCCGGACAGUGCUCUGGUGUCUGCGAUUCAUCCUGCAGCAGGAUCACUCGCCCAAGGCGAGACACGCACGUUGGAAGCACGAGUGCAACUUGUCGAUCAGCGACGUCGGCGUUUCGGACCACGAGCUCUGCAUGAGGCUCUUCGAGAUCGGAUCGUCCUACGACCAACUCAAUUUACCAGGAUUGGCCAUCAUGGAGUACGUGGCGCGCCGCGCCCAGAUGGCCGAGUGGCGCUACCGCGACCGCAUCCUCGGCCGCGGCGAUGGCGACGAACUACUUGAGAUGAAUUUCUGUAUCUCGGCACUGCCGAGACCCGACCACGUGUCGGAGCAGUUGCACAAAGAGAUGAUGGCGACCAAGGAGCGGCGCAAGCUGCUUGAGGAGAGAGCCUUGACUGGCGGGGCCGCGGGCAACGCCGACGGGCGCCCCCUGCAGCAGAAGGUGAGCAACCAGUCGGCCGAGAUCAAGCGGCUCAUGGACAAGUUAAAGGCGGCUUGGGUGGCCGGCGACGGAGGACAAGCCGCGGCGGUGGACAGCUGGACGUCCGAAGCGCUGCGUGCUCUGAAUUCGCUCUACUCCAGGCCCUGGUGCGAGGCGCCUGAGGGCCAGUCGGCAGCCCAGGCUGCAGGCGUUCAACACCUUCGAGACUCUAUAGUUUUGGCUGGACCCCCACCGUUCAGCGCGGCGGCAGCCCAUCGCGAGCUGCGCCGGAACCUGCCCGGCUACUCAGAGUCAGAGCCAGUAGCCCGCUACCAGAAGGAGAAGCUCUCCUUGCCCUCCUCGGCGCCGCUGCGUGACCUCACUCCGGUGCUGGAGGGGGGUGCUCACCACUAUUGGGUAGAUUGGGAUAGUCGGAUCUUGCGUCGGGACCCGACGGGCAUUGCAAAAAUUAGACUUUACGUUGACGAGACGUUGCGAGGUGACCCUAGUCAGUAUGCUGAAUUCAUUAUCCUUUUGUUUGAGAAGAGCUUGGUGAACUUGACCACGCCUGCUUCCGCCACUGUUGGGCUCUUCUUUGUGCGCAAAGCUAAUGGAGACUGCCGCGUCAUCUUUGACGCGAGACAGGUUAACCAAUACUUCGAGGCCCCCGAGUACGUUCAGCUUCCGACUGGAUCGGCUUGGGCUCGCACGUCCAUGGACGUCGACAAGGGGCUGCAAGUGUGCCAGAUGGACGCGGAGAGCGCCUUCUACAGGAUCCUGGCCCCGCGGGGGCUGGAGGAGUGGUGUCGUCUUCCUCGAGUGGAUCUCCGAGAGGUCCGACGCCUGCGCCCAGAGCUGGCGCCGAGCGAUCUCAAGGGGGCGUACGCCACUCCACAGCUGCUGGCCCUCGCCAUGGGCUUCUCGUGGUCGUUGUACUUCUGCCGGGAGGCGGUGGGUGCCCGCGCUCGGGCCGCUAGCGCUCCCCGGCGGGACUUCGCGCGGGGCCGCCACGGGGGCCCGGAGCUGGAGAGCGGGCCCAAGGUGGCGGCGUGCGUCGACGGCGUGGCCGUCGUCAGCCAGGAUCGGCACGCCGCCGUGGACCUUGGCAAGAAGAGGCUGGCCUCCCUCGAGGAGGGCGGGCUCCGCUGCAAGGGGCUCGAGGAGCCCGCGAGAGGGGUCAAGUUCACGGGCCUCGUCUUCGACCAGAAGGCCGGGGCCAUCCGAGUGCCCUGCGAGCGCAUGUGGCGCGUCAGGCUUGCCUUCCUCCACGUCUGCGACAGGGGGUGGGCCAGCGGGGGCGAGCUGAUGGUUCUCGCGGGGCACUUCACGUGGGCUGCGCUUCUCCGGAGGCCACUCAUGUCCAUCCUGCCCUCUGUUUACAAGUUCUCUGAGUGGGCCGGGCCGCGCCGUCGGCGCCUCUGGCCGCAAGUGGAAGAGGAGUUGAGGAUGGGUGCCGUUCUUAUCGUGUUCGCCCAAAUCCAGUGUCGUCGUUUCAUCGAUCCUGAAGUCCUUGCCACCGACGCCUCGACCGGAG